CUCCAUAAUAAUUUCAAUCACACAAUUUUUUUUUAUGUUAUUUUAAAUUAUUUUUUUUUUUUUAUUUAUAUAAUUUAAAUAUAAAUAUAAUUUAUAUUAAAAACAAUAGUUUAUAAAAAAACACAAAAAAAAAUAAAAAAUAAGCCAUAUAGUUUAUUUUUUCACAUUGUUUUUAUAAUAAUAUUUAUUAAAUUAUAUAUUUAAUUAUUUCCUCAAUUGUUGUUUAUUAUUUUUUGUUUUUUUUUUAUUAUUAUUUUUUGUUCGUUUAUUGAUUUUAUAUAAAUAAAAAUAGUAGUAAUAAAUAAUUACACGUAUAGAGUAGUUGUAGUAAUAAUACUAAUUUAUUAUAAUAUUAAACAGAAUAAUAGUAAUAAUAGUAGUAACAUAUUAAAAUCAAAUAACAAAUUUAAUAAAAAACGAAAUUGUAAUUAAAAAAAUAAUUAAAUUAUAGCAAAUAAAGGGGACAAGUAGUGAACAUAUUAAAUUAAAUACGAAAAAAAAAAACAAUAAUAAAUACAGCUCAUAUAUAUAUAUAAAUAAAUAUAAUGUCAGAACCAUUAGACUGGAGAUUUAGUCAAACCUUUGGUGGUAAAGGAACAGAAGAUGCUUCAGAUGCUGAUGUAGUUUCAGCAAUUGAAUUUGAUCAAAGUGGUGACUAUAUUGCUGUUGGUGAUAGAGGUGGUAGAGUUAUGCUUUUAGAAAAAUCACAUGAUAAACAAUCAAGCAAAAAAAAUAAAUUACCAGAGUAUAAAUUUUAUUCAGAGUUUCAAAGUCACGAACCAGAGUUUGAUUAUUUAAAGAGUUUAGAGAUUGAAGAAAAAAUUAAUAAGAUUAAAUGGUGCCCAAAACAAAAUGAAGCUCAAUUUUUAUUAACAACAAAUGAUAAAACCAUUAAGCUUUGGAAAGUUUAUGAAAAGAAAAUAAAACAAGUUUCAACAUCAAGUUCAGCACCAUCAUACAACGGUUUAAGCUCAAACAAUAAUAGAUCUCCGUCACAUAAUUAUAUUUACAAUAGUGGACACAAUAAUAACAAUAAUAUGAAUAAUAUGAAUAAUUUAACAAAUUUAAAUCAAUAUAAGAUACCACGUUUAACUACAAGAGAAACAGUUGUAACAGCAACCCCAAGAAAAGUUUUUCAAAAUGCCCAUGCAUAUCAUAUUAACUCAAUUUCUUUAAAUAGUGAUGGUGAAACAUAUAUUUCAUCAGAUGACCUUAGAAUUCAUUUAUGGAAUCUCAAUAUUAACACAGAAUGUUUUAAUGUUGUUGAUAUCAAACCUACCAAUAUGGAAGAUCUUACGGAAGUAAUUACAUCCGCAGAGUUUCAUCCUACAUCAUGUAAUAUAUUUAUGUAUAGCUCAAGUAAAGGAACCAUUAAAUUGGGUGAUCUUAGAUCAUCAGCUCUUUGUGAUAAUCACGCCAAGGUAUUUGAAGAAUAUGAAGAUCCAUCAAACAAAUCGUUUUUCAGUGAGAUCAUCUCCUCUAUUUCAGAUAUUAAAUUUAGCAGAGACGGCAGAUAUAUUCUCAGUAGAGACUUUUUAACUCUUAAACUUUGGGAUAUUAACAUGGAAAACAGACCAAUCAAAACCAUUCAAAUUCACGACUACCUCAAACCAAAACUCUGCGACCUUUACGAAAACGAUUGUAUCUUUGACAAAUUUGAAUGUACUCUUAACCAUGAUGGUACUCAAAUGCUUACUGGUUCCUAUCACAACUAUCUUCACAUCUACGAUCGUAAUUCAAAACAAGAUGUUUGCUUAGAAGCUUCAAAACAAGCCACCAAAUCUAAAACAAAAACACUCAGCACAAAGAUGAAGCUUCGUUCAUCCAAAAAAGAACCAAAGAAACCAGAAGAUAUUCAUCCAGAUGCAAUUGAAUAUACAAAGAAAACCCUCCAUUGUGCUUGGCAUCCAAAAGAUAAUCUUAUUGCCGUUGGCGCCGCUAAUACUGUGUACCUAUACGCUGCUGAAAAUAAAUAAUUUAAUAACCAAUAAUAAUAAUAAUAACUUAAUAAUAGUAUUAAAUUCUCUUUCGUUUUUUUAUUUCUUUUUUCUUUAAUUUUUUUAAUUUCAUUUUUAAAAUUUAAUUAAACAAAUAAAAAAAAAAAAAAAGAAAAUAAAAAUUAAUGGAUAAUACUAUAAAAACACAAAAAAAAAAAAAACAAAAAAAAGAAAUAAAUAAAAUUAAAAUAAUAAUAAUAAAAAAAAUUAAAAAAAUAUAAUAUAGUAAUAGUAAUAAUCCUUCUCCAUCAUCUCCCCCAAAAGCAUAUGUUCAAUACCACCCAACCAUCAACUCUAAAUAUUUUAUAAAACUUUUUUUCUUUAUUUUUUUAAAAAAAUAAUUAAAUAAAAAAAAAAAAAAAAGUAAUAUUCUCCAUU